GCCCUCCGCCCCCCCGUGACUUCCUGCCCAACGGAGCCCGGUCGCAAGAGCCUUGCAUCUCCUCACCUGCACACAAAAGCCGCCAUCCUCUGCUCCUCCGCCCCUCCACCCCUCGCAUCCAUACCCCGACAUAUCAAUAUGGCAUCCACAUUACCGUCUCAUAUAGCCCACGAAGUGCGGCCACCACUCCCUCCCGGCUACGACGCCGACGAUGCCAGUUCCAACGGGAAGAAGAGUGAUCCGGAGCUGAGUCUCGAAAAGGCGGCCACCAUCGAUCAAGGCUCAGCCAAGUUCAGACGACUGGGAUGGAAACGGCUGACUAUCUGCCUCAUUGUCGAAGCCAUUGCACUCGGAUCCCUCAGCGUUCCAAGCGCCUUCGCAACGGUUGGAAUGGUGGCCGGAGUCAUUCUGACCGUCGGGCUGGGCUUGAUCGCCAUUUACACCAGCUACGUUGUUGGCCAGGUGAAGUUGAGAUACCCUCUGGUCGGCCACUACUCCGAUGCCGUUGGUUUGAUCUGGGGAAAAUUGGGAUAUGAACUGACUGGGGCCAUGUUCGCCAUCUUCUUGGUCCUGCUGGUGGGCUCGCACGCGCUAACCGGGACGAUCGCCUUCAUUAACAUCGCCGACAACUAUGGCGUUUGCGCUCUGGUCUGGGGUAUAGUAUCUGCUAUUAUCCUACUCCUUGUGGCGCUGCCGCCGACCUUCGCUGAGUUCGCUAUUCUUGGGUACAUCGACUUUGUUAGCAUCAUCGCUGCCAUCCUCAUCACCAUCAUUUCGACCGGCAUCAAGGCUAGCAGCGCGCCAGGUGGGCUUGCGGCAGUGAACUGGUCAGCAUGGUCGCCGCCAGGAACGACCUUCUACCAGGCAUUCCUCUCCACCACCAACAUCAUCUUCGCAUACUCCUUCGCCAUCUGCCAGUUCAGCUUCAUGAGCGAGAUGCACACCCCCAACGACUAUGUCAAGUCGAUCUGGGCGCUCGGCCUGAUCGAGAUCUUCAUCUACACGUUGACUGGAGCUCUCAUCUACGCCUUCGUUGGAGCGGACGUCAAGAGCCCGGCGCUCCUGUCGGCUGGGCCGCUGAUCUCGCGCGUCGCUUUCGGCGUCGCCCUGCCUGUUAUCUUUAUUUCCGGUAGCAUCAACGGUACUGUUGCCGGCCGCUAUAUCAUGGAUCGCGCCUUCCCCAAAUCAACAAUCCGCUACAUCAAGGGCGUCCGUGGAUGGGCUAUCUGGAUCUGUCUCCUCACCAUCCUCACCGUCAUCGCAUGGGUGAUCGCAGAAGCAAUCCCUUUCUUCAACGCGCUCCUUGGCCUGAUGUCGUCUCUCUUCAUCAGCGGCUUCACCUUCUACUUCCCGGCGUUGUUUUGGUUCCAGCUGGUGAGAGAAGGGGCGUGGUACCAGGGCUGGAAGAACAUCAGCCUGUCGAUUCUGAACGCUGUUGUUUUCGUCAUCGGUCUCAUUGUUUUGGGCUGCGGCACGUAUGCCAGUGUGCAAGACAUUAUUAACCAGUAUAGCGGAGGAAGAGUGAGGAGCUCAUUCACGUGCGAUUCCAGCGCGUAUGCCUGAUUCAGCAACAGACGGAGUGUUGGUUAGCGGCUGGGUUGACGGCCAUCCAUAGGUCAGUAGAGACGCCGUAUCGAAACUUCUGUCUCUUUCUAUUGCUCUCUCGCAGUCCGAUGCCUCAUUGGCUGAGUGAUGCACGUCGCGACUGGCCGAAGGCUGGGCUCGGUGUGAUCUCAGCAUGCUGUGGGCACUUUGGAAUCGUCUCAUGCGUCCACAAAUUCUGCGCGAUUGAUA